AUGCUAAAGUAUAUCUAUGUUACACGCUCCUUAGCAGCAAAUGAUGGCUCUCCAGGAUGGAAUCAUCUUGAAAGUAUUUACUAUGCAAAUGCAGUUAUAUCAACGGGUGUUAAUGUUUUCAAAGAUUGUAUAGAACUUAAAAAUGUUAUUGGCUGUAAUGAUCUUAAUGAUGUAGGUAAAUCUGCAUUUUAUGGCUGUACAAAAUUGAAGUCAUUCAAGUUCACAUAA